AUGAGACAAAUCAUUCGCAAAAUUAACUUCAGUACAAAAGUAAUUUCCCUGGACAAAAUGGAGAAUAAAUUAAGCCGGAGCAGAAGUAUAAGUGAAAAUAUUUCUUUUGAGAGUAUGUCUAGCUCAUUACAAGACUCAUCUGAGCCCAAACCUCAGAAGAAUGUAAUAAUUCAGAGAGGAACUGUGGGUCGUCUUAAAAUCCCAAUUUCGAAGAACUCUGAUGACAAACUAUUUCGUCGAAAAAAAAGAGCCAGAGGUCUAACUAAUUUCAUCCAAAAGAGGAAUAGUGGCUUUCGAGUGAAUAAACUUCCCAACAAGAAUGAGCUAUAGCCCGAAGAAGAGUAAGAUAUGUUAACUAAACUGUAGAGAAGAAAUAAGGAAGAACUGGCUAGUAGCCCAAGAAGUAAAUUAGACUCGUUUAAGAAUUUACACACUCUUGCAGGUAUUGGUGACUUGUUAUAUAAACAUAUAUUUAGGGCUCACCGCUUUAAACCCAAUAUCUUUAAUACGUAAGCGGAAAUGCAGCAAGGAGAAAAUGCAGCUAGAUGCUAUUAAGAACAAGCUAUCUUUGAAUUCUGUUAACCCCUUAAGAGUCCAGGUUAUUAAGAAAUACCAGCUCUCCCAAAAGAAUUACAUGCAGUAUUUGGAAGUAAAAAAUUGUUGGAAGAAAUGGCUACUCAAACAUGCUUAUCAAGCAUACCUUAAAUGUAUGUAAUCCUGGUCACAUCAUUUAGAUAAGGAAAAACAGGAAAAUAGUACUGACAACAAUGGCUCUUCAAGGCCUAAACCUAAGAAGUCCAAGUUGAUUAUACUGGAAAACAACAAGUUAAUUAAUAAGAAGACUCGUAAUUUUAGGUCUUAAUUUUAAGACAUCAAGAACGAACUUAAGUUUGCCCAAGAAGUGGUCAACCAAUUCCGAACCAAAAACAAUACAGCUGAAGAAGCACGAAUGGAGCAGCUCAAGAGGAAGAAAACAGUGAAGGGAAAGAAGAUCCUGAAUUUGCUAAGCAGAAAGGAGAACAACAAAAGCUUUAAGAUAUCAAAUCAUAUUGAGGGUGUGAAAUUAUCAACUAAAAGCAUUUAUGAGAGGAUUUACUCAUCCAAGAACAUAAAGCCUAGCCAACCUCAUUUGGUUGAUAGCUCAAGUAUUUUUAUGUAUGAUUUUUAGAAUCUGGGAUGAAAAAGUAUAAAGAUUUUGUCAAGAAAUAUCAAGGGAAGGUUAAGGUAUAUUUUCUAGAGCACCCUUUUAGAACUUGGCUCCGCUAAAAUCUAAAAUUCAGAAAGGCACAAUUCUGUGAGUUUUCAGUAAGGAAAGGAGGCAGAAAAUUGUCUCUAAGACAGAGAUGUAUAUGAAUAAAUUUAAAGAAAAAAUCGGCUCUAAUGAUUACUGACUUUCUAAGAAAUACAGUGACUUUUCAGCCAAUAAGGUCCAAGAGGCCACUCUAAAGAGGCUUGACACAAAGCACCUCAUUAGCCCAAAAACUUUGAUUCUUAGACAGCACUCCUAAUUACUACCUAACUCAAUUUUUUCCGACACCUGAUU